UGGAUUACUGGAGUGCCUUGGAGGUGUAUAAGGAGAUGGUCCUGCUGUACCUGGAGGAGGGCCGGCGGCAGGUCAACUCGCGCUGCGUGGACCUGGAGCCGUGGCAGAUCAUCGGAGCCACGGUUAUCACCACGCUGGGAGCAGUCUGGAUCAAAGGCUUCCUCUUCCAGCAAGAAAGUCUCCCAUCCCGAAUCAAGAAGCAGUGCUUUCGACUCAUCAGAAAAAUACCCUUUGUCGGGGGGGCAAUCCAGAGUCAGCUCAACAAGGCUUUGGAUGACAUGUCUGCUAGUCUGUGCACUCUGAAGGAAGGGAUGAGCUACACUCAACAGCUGCCCUCCAAAGGUCUCUCUCAGAGCCAAGUGCUGGACAAAAUCAGAGAGUACGAGACUCUGAAUGAGGUGCAGUGGGAGAAAGGGUGUGUUUCGGGUGCAGUGUACUGGGGGGAUAAAUCACUGACCAACCUCCUGGUGAAGGUAUAUGGAGAUUUUGCGUGGAGCAACCCACUUCACCCAGACAUCUUUCCUGGCGUAAGAAAGAUGGAGGCAGAGGUUGUUAGAAUGGCGUGCACACUUUUCCACGGUGGACCGAACUCCUGCGGGACAGUUACUUCGGGGGGAACUGAGAGCAUACUGAUGGCCUGUAAGGCCUACAGAGACAUGGCGUAUGAACGCGGUGUCAAGUACCCUGAAAUCCUCGCGCCCGUGAGCGUCCACGCAGCUUUCGACAAGGCGGCACAUUACUUUGGGAUGAAGCUCGUUCACAUUCCCCUUGACAAGAAAACUAUGAAAGUAGACGUGAAGGCUAUGAAGAGAGCCAUCAGCAAGAACACGGCCAUGCUCGUGUGCUCGGCGCCACAGUUUCCACAUGGAAUCUUGGAUCCCGUUGAGGAAGUUGCAAAGCUGGCUGUACGCUACAACCUGCCGCUGCAUGUGGAUGCUUGUCUGGGAGGUUUUCUUAUUGUCUUCAUGGCCAAGGCUGGUUACCCUCUUGCCCCAUUUGACUUCAGGUUAAAAGGUGUUACCAGCAUCUCUGCAGACACCCACAAGUAUGGUUACGCCCCCAAAGGCUCCUCAGUGAUCCUCUACAGCGAUAAAAAGUACCGUCACUACCAGUACUUUGUAGCGCCAGACUGGCAGGGGGGAAUCUACGCCUCGCCCUCUGUCGCAGGCUCUAGGCCCGGAGGAAUCAUCGCCGCCUGCUGGGCGACCAUGAUGCACAUGGGAGAGAACGGAUACAUCGAUGCCACCAAGAAGAUCAUCAGCACAGCACGCAAAAUCAAAACAGAAAUCCGCAAGAUAAAAGGUGUGUUUGUGUUCGGGGAUCCGGAGGUGUCAGUGGUGGCAAUAGGCUCAGAUGUUUUUGAUAUUUUCCGUCUGUCUAAUGCGCUGACGUCAAAGGGCUGGAAUCUGAACACGCUGCAGUACCCAUCCAGCAUCCACAUUUGUUGCACAGUCCUGCACACACAGCCGGGCGUCGCUGAUCACUUCAUCCGCGAUGUCAAAGAGCAGGUUGCCAUCAUCAUGAAGAACCCCAAAGAGAAAACCACAGGAAUGGGAGCGAUCUACGGCAUGGCCCAGUCCAUCCCGGACAGAUCCAUGGUGACAGAGAUCUCCCGAGGUUUCCUGGACUGUCUCUACAGCACUGAGGUGUCCAAGUCAAACACCAGCCACAUGAACGGCAGCAACGGCAAAGCCCACUGAGGCAGGGCUCGGGCCCUCCUGGCCCCAAACCCCACCGCACGCAGGGAAACCCGCUCGCCUCCUCCCAGAGCUCUGAGUUAGACGCUCAACAGUUGCCUUAUCUUGCAUAGCUACACCACACGGAAACAUCCGCAAAAAUCUUUGAAGCACAAGCCAUCGUCAUUCUAAUCAGCCCAGAGGGAAAUCACUAGUAACUGAAGUGGCACAGAGAAGAAAAGACUGGUUCCAAACGAGUUUUAGUCUUUUAAUUUGAUUUUAUUAACGUAGUGUGUGUUUUUGUGUGUGUGUGUGUGUGUCUUAUUUUAUUUGUUCUCAAAAGUUCAUUUCAAUUUUUAGCUUUUGUUAAAUGUCUGUCUUAAUCUCCAACGAUUGCAAAGCAAAAACAGUUCUUUUGUUUUUUAAUAAUAAUGCCGGAACAUUUCAGCUUGCUGUCAUCACUGCUUCCCUGUCUGUGAUGAUUCAGCAGAAACACAGACCACUGAAAGCUUUGUCAGCAGCGUUGUGCUGCCCUCUAGCACGACAUGUGACGUACUGCUCUAGACUGGCUCUACAUGUGGAGGGCCCGUCGAAGGUGUAUGUUGUCUUAUAUCAUGUUAAUAGUUCUCUGGAACACAGCUUUUUUUUUUGUUAAAUGUAAAAGCACUGAAAUGCCCUGACCAGAAUUUAUCAGGUUAAUCUGUAAAUCACUUGAAACUGCAAUUGUGAUGUCAAGUUAGGAGUUUGUCUGUAAGCAUGAAUGUGCAUGUCCUUGUUUGUUGGCACUUAAUAUGAUGACAUUUGUUUUGAUUUUAAGUCUGCGUUCAUGGUCCAUCUACGGUGGUUGGAUUUCUAGGCAGAGGGAGAAUGAUUUGGAUAUUAAUUGGUCGUUAAUAUUCAAUAAAACUUUCAAUUUAAGUUGGGAGACAUUGUAAUCAAGGCAUGAAUAUGUUUUUAAAGCGGCUAGUGGAAGCCAAAGCCCCUCAGCCACUUUGGUUAUUCUGUUUUUCUGAAUCUGAAAAGUGCUUCCUCCUCGCAGCCGCCUUGUAAAGUAAAGCAGUGGAAUUUAACAUUGUUUAACACCGAGCUGUUUCCAACCCUGGUCUACUGUAUAUUAUCAAGAAUUCAACAUUUACGCUGUUGUUUGCAUAGUCACCUGUGUACCACCUUGUUUUAAUAAUGCGUCUCCUAAUUCAAUCUACCUCAGUUUUUACUCAAUGCAAAUGUCAUUUAUUCAUCCAUUUAAACCCCAUUCUAACAGAGCAACCGCUCUUUACUUUUUCAUGUCCAUAACGAUUAAUUUCAUAAUUUCAUGACCGACUGUAAUAAUAAAGUGUUCUUAGACAUAACGCUAAUUAAAGGAAACAGAUUCACUGUAAUGGAGGUUUUUUUAAACCACAGACUGACAGAUUUGAUAGUUUUAUCUUGGGAGAAACUCACUCUCUGCCCUGUCUGGAUGUGGAUAUAUUUUGGUAAAUAUCCACUCAGCAGGAUAUGUACACCUUUACUAACAGGUUGACAACUUAACGAUGCAUACUGUAACACCAAAAGGACUUUGUGUUGUUCUCUUUUUCUUUCACGUGCUUUCCUAAUAUUGCUUGUUGAAAUUUCCAUGAAAUUAUUUCCAUGUUUGUGCAAUAUGUAACUUUUUCCUUUUAUGAAGUGAAAUGAAAGGGGAACGCUCGACUAUUAAUGUUUUUAAGAGAUUAGAAGGAUAGUAUUGAAUGAUCAGCCUCGUUAGUGUAAUUUAACCAUUUGUGUGACCACUGGGUGUUUUAAUAAUCACUUAUUUGUGUCGAUUUUGUGACUUGUGUUUUCAACAAUUGUUGUUUUUACAUAAUGAGCAGAUUUAAUGAGAUUUAGACAUGAAUGUAUUUAGGUUCUUACAUCUUUUAGUCAGUGCCUGGUUAAAAGACGGAGGACUCAACGCUCCCCACUAUGCUCAUACAUCAUCAUGUGUCCAUCCAUCCAUUCAUCCUUAAAUACUUUGCCCAGUGACGGGGUGUGGAAACCCACGCACGUGCAAAAAAACAAACAACUGUUUGCUUUGGAGAAAUAUCUGCAAAAAAUUGUGACGAUUGAAUGGCCGAGAAAUCUUUUGAAUAAAAAAACCUUUAAUGCAAAUUCCUCUUUAAGCUAUCAGAUUCUGCAGAGAAAAUCUGAAUUUGUGUUUGUGUCGUUGCUGUUUGGUGACAUUGAUGUAGCAAUAAUGAGCCUCUGUGCCUUCAGAGGUUUGAACUCAUGACGUUAAAGCAGAUUUUCAGGGAAUUGGCUUCAUAACAUUGUCAUCAUUAAGGUCCGUUGGUGUUUCAGACAUACACAGGGUGGAGCUUUAACAUGUAAUGCACUCAAAUGCAUCCUUACAUCAGUCUUAAAAUGUUUAAUUUUGUAAAGA